AACACAGAAUGAAGGAAGGCAUGUCUAAUAACAGUACCGCCAGCAUCUCCCAGGCCAGAAAAGCUGUGGAGCAACUGAAGAUGGAAGCUGGCAUGGACAGGGUGAAGGUCUCCCAGGCAGCCUCAGACCUCCUGGCCUACUGUGAAGCCCACGUGCGGGAGGACCCCCUCAUCAUCCCAGUGCCUGCCUCGGAAAACCCCUUCCGGGAGAAGAAGUUCUUCUGCACUAUUCUCUAACACCCGUGGUGACCAAACUGGCCCUUUCCUGCUGUAAAAGUCCCGAGUAGAGACCGUGCACGCUCCCGUGUAGAGGCAUGCCUCCCAUACAUACCCCAUCCCUGUCCAACCAGUUGUGAUCUGGGCUCAUC